AUGAUGCUAUUCCCUUCUGCUAUCCCAGACUUCAAAUUCUUACUUCAAAGCAAUGCCAUGGACAAAGAAGUCACGCUACAUGGGUAUUUGGGCAAGCGAACCGAUCUGGGAAAGAAGAUGUCAUUCGUUCGCCUGACAGAUCCGUCUCUGGCACAGACCGUACAGGUUGUCUCUUUCUCGAAAGGCGAAGCUUUUCAAAAGCUAAGGUCUAUCGACUCCAACAGUCCAGUGGCAGUGCGAGGAAUUAUCCGGUCAAAGGCCGCACGUUCCAAAAGUGAAAACGUAGAUCCAGUUAUAGAUGCAGAAGGGAAUAUAGACAGCAUUGAAAUCGUGCUCGAAGAUAUUCAGCGUCUCAAUAGAUUCCCCAGGGACAUCAUCAUGACACCCGAGACGAUUUUUCCAGUGGAGAAAAGAUAUCUACAAAUCAGAAAUGAUAAAACGCUUCGCGAGGCUUUAGUAUUCCGGGCCAAAGCAAACAUGGUAUUGAGAAAGGCCUUGGAAGAGUGCGAACCGGCGUUCGUGGAAGUAGAAACUCCGUUGCUUUUUAAGUCGACCCCGGAGGGAGCGAGAGAAUUUCUCGUUCCGACGAGGAGGCCUGGCCUUGCCUAUGCGCUUCCCCAGAGUCCACAGCAAUAUAAACAAAUACUUAUGAGUAGUGGGAUUCCGCGAUACUAUCAAUUUGCACAUUGCUUCAGAGACGAAGAUUUGCGAGCGGAUAGGCAACCCGAAUUCACACAGGUAAGCUCCGCAGAAUCGAAAGAAGAAUCUAUUCUUAUAAUACUCAUACAGCUUGACUUUGAGAUGUCUUUUUCGAGAGGCGAAGAUGUGAUGGCUGUUAUUGAGCAAGUGAUACGGAAAUUAUGGUCUGCAAUGCUACCAGAACAUCUCGGUUCCAGUCCCUUUCCUCGUGUAACUUAUCACGAAGUAAUGUCCAAGUAUGGGUCUGAUAAGCCUGACCCAAGAAUUGGAAUGGAAAUUCAUCGCAUAGAUUAUAUGAUUCCCGUGGAUCUAGUCAGCAAAAUUACGGAUUUGAGGGAGCCGAUCGUCGAGGCUAUUAGGCUAGAAGGCAAUGGGGACCCUUCUGAGACUCAAAAAUUUAUUAAAUCUUUCAUGGACUCACCUGCAGCCGGCGAGUUUAUCAGCAACCCUGAAGGUGAGCCAGGGGUGUUUGUUUUCGAUUCGUCAAAGCCUUUAUCAGGCCUUCAAGCUUUUGGGUUUGAAGCAACAUGGGCAUUGGAGAAUGAUCUUAAUCUCAAAGACGGUGACUUGCUUGUUCUUCAGGCACGGCGGAAUGCACCGUUUUCCGGUGGCUCAACUCCUCUUGGUGAUUUACGUCGAGCCAUUCACAGAGCCGCUGUGGAGAAUGGCUUCAAGCCUGCACUGACAGGUUUCCACUUUCUUUGGGUCACACACUUCCCACUCUUCUCGCCGAGUUCGGAUUCAGAGCCUGGCCAGGGUGGCUCUGCAGGAAUUUCAUCGACUCACCAUCCAUUCACCGCCCCUCACACGCCCGAAGACGUAUCUCUCCUCCUUACUGACCCUACGAAAGCAAUCGCUGAUCACUACGACCUUGUUGUCAACGGUGUGGAACUUGGCGGUGGCAGUCGACGUAUUCACUCUGCUGAAGUUCAGGAAUUUAUUCUCCGCGACAUUCUAAAAAUGUCGGAAUCUCGCUUAGCCGAUUUCUCUCAUCUGAUUGACGCACUGAGAGCUGGAUGCCCUCCCCAUGCUGGAAUGGCGCUUGGUUUCGAUAGGCUGAUCGCCGUGAUGCUCGGAAAAGACAGUGUUCGUGAUGUUAUUGCGUUCCCUAAGUCGGGCAAAGGCGAAGAUGUUAUGGUUGGAACGCCCAGUGAGAUAACUCAGGAGGCACUUCAGACCUACCAUCUGCGGUUGCGGGAAGACCAGUUGUAG